AUGUCCCCCAGCAAGAACUCCACCCGCGACCAGCCCCAGCUGCGCAGGAGCCAGAGAAUCAGCGGCUACGCCCGCAGCAACAACAGCAGCAACAGCGCCGGUGUGGCAAAGAACACCACACCCCCACGGAGCAAGGGGUCGCGAAGCCCGCUCGAGUCCCAAGGCAUCCUCCAAAACGCCCUCCGCUCCGGAACCCGCCUGCCACCGCCCGACAAGCAGCAGCAGCAGCAGCAGCAACAGGAGAAGAAGAAGAAGCCCGCCGCUGGGUCGCCGCCGCCGCCGCCGCCGCCGCCGCCGCCACCGAGGUACCCCACCCUGUCGAGCUUCAAGCACCCGGAGCACGGGACGCGCAUCGUCCGCAUCGUGCACUGCGCCAACCCGGUCCUGAGGACGUCCGUCUUCAGGGGCGCCGAGGGCCAGCGCGUCACACGCGUCGAGCGCCUGCCCCUCGAGCCCGGCGCCGGCUUCCCGGACCCGUGGGCGCGGCGGGCGGCGGGGCGCCCCUCCGCCGUCGUGCCCGGCCCCGCAACAAAAAGGAAGCUGGAGCACUUCCGCGAGGGCGGCCGGAGCUUUGUGCGCGUGCGCCUGGGCAUGCUCUGAUGAAAGUGUGUGCGGUGGGGCGGCCCGGGGCGGGCUCUGUUGACGCCGCGGCAAGCAGCGGCUCGAGCCCAAAACAAAUCCUUGCUGCUGUGAACCUUCUUUUUGCCCUGACAUGCUUCCUGUUUGCACCCAACCUGGUUUCUUUGCCGCAAAUUCGCGCAACUUCUUUGGACUGUUUGCAUACACAGCUGCUUGGGAUAUGUUUCUUUGGUUCCCUUGUUUACUUCCCUCAUGCCUCAAAUCACAAGCCAGGGAGAAUUACGAGCGCCCUGUCUUGAGCAAGCUAUUUUGUCAUGAUCUUUUCAUAGUUUUACUCGAUACCCCUGAUAACCCUUCUCUUUCUGCCCUUCUUUCCUCCGUUCAACAAUGGUUUUUAUUUCAGUACUCAGGUUCGAGCAAGCGAGUCAAUGUCUCCGGUGACAAACUACCCCUGUCCCACUCUACUGUCAUUCUGGAUUCCCCCAGUGCAUUUGUGUUCCACAGUAAUGGUG